AUGUUGUAUAGUGCUGUUCCCCCUUCAACUGUAAAUAAUGCUUCCUCUGGAUACAACAUUUCCUUUGAUUCGACAUCAGAGGAAUUUGAUACCACGUUCCCUAUUGUUUUAAUGAAUCGAGUGAAUCCUCAAAAGCAUCUUUCCACAGUUCAAACAUGCUCCCAAAUUAUGAAGAAGCACAUGGAAAAGAUUGAUGAUAAUCAUACCAAGGUAUUCCUAAAGACAUUCCUCGCCAUCAUGUUGGGAUCUAUGAUCUGUGUGGGUCUCGCAUGCUUGAUUUACUUUACAGCUUAUGCUCACUAUCCGGACCAAGGUGUGUGGGUAUGGAUCGUUUUUCCAUCUUCCUCUAUUUUCAUUGUUCUUGGAGUUGUCGUAUGGUCUUUUAAGAGAGUGGCUCGGAUCACCCAAAUUCAUCAGGAGUGCAAGAAGGAACUUGCAGAUUAUUUGCAAAGUGAGAACCAAAACUUUUACUUUUCUCAAGGUAUUCAAUAUGUAUUGAGAUAUGAAAUAGCAGUGGCCACCAACAACAGAUAUUAUCAAACAUUCAGUUACAAGUUCCUGUUAACCAUGCCAUGUAUUGAGGUUUAUGUGAACCAUGCUCCACAAACCUUUAUUGUCGCCACACCAAUGGAAGGUUAUCAAACCACCGGUACCACAGGAAAUGUCUUUGCCAAUAAUACUGCUGUCGUGACACAACCACCAGUUUCAACAAUUUAUUCUCAACCAUUCCAACCUGUCGAUGAAUAUGCCAAGCAAAAUAGACCUUUGUUGGCCAACAAUGAUAACCAUAUUUAA